AUGGACUAUAAUAGGAUGAACUCCUUCUUAGACUACCCACUCUGUAAUCGGGGACCCAGCGCUUACAGCGCCCAUAGCGCCCCAGCCUCUUUCCCCCCCAGCUCGGCUCCAGCCGUUGACAACUACCCAGGAGAAGGCCGCUAUGGUGGGGGGCUGCCCAGCCCAGCGCUCCAGCAGAACUCGGGCUACCCAGCUCAGCAGCAGCCUUCCACCCUGGGGAUGCCGUUUGCCAGCUCUGCACCCUCGGGGUAUGCCCCAGCCUCCUGCAGCCCCAAUUAUGGGCCUUCUCAGUACUACUCUCUGGGCCCUCCAGAAGAAGGAAGCUAUUUUCAACCAUCCAGCUACGGAGCUCAACUAGGGAGUUUGCCAGAUGGCUACGGAGCGGGUGGGGCUGGCCCGGGGCCCUACCCUCCACCGCAGCCCUCCUACGGGACUGACCAGACAGCGGGCUUUGCACCAGCCUACCCUGAUCUCCUCUCAGAGGACAAGGACUCUGCUUGCCCUUCAGAAUCCAGCACGCCCACGGCCCGGACCUUCGAUUGGAUGAAGGUUAAGAGGAACCCACCCAAGACAGCGAAGGUGUCCGAGCUGGGACUGGGCGCCCCAGGUGGCCUGCGCACCAACUUCACCACCCGGCAACUGACCGAGCUGGAGAAGGAGUUCCAUUUCAACAAGUACCUGAGCAGGGCCCGGAGGGUGGAGAUCGCUGCUACCUUGGAGCUCAAUGAAACGCAGGUCAAGAUUUGGUUCCAGAACCGACGCAUGAAACAGAAGAAGCGAGAGCGAGAAGGAGGCCGGGGACCCCUCCUUCCCCCAGGGUGCUGCAAGGAGGCACCCGGAGACACCUCUGACCAGUCCACAUGCACCUCCCCGGAAGCCUCUCCCAGCUCCAUCACCUCCUAA